GUCAAUCCAAAAAAAGCAAAGCAGAGAGAUCGUCUUUUUUUUUAUUCCUUGUGUCGUGUUUUAAGGAUUUUAAGGACCGCAAAGACGACGAAUAUAACUUCUUCAGCGCGUGAAGUCACCCCUGAGAGGAGAUUAGUCCAUUGUCACGCUCUGUUUGCUCUACAUCACAAAAUGAGCUCUACUGCUGUAGAAUGUAAUACAACAAAAGCAGCAGAAAAUACCAAAGAGAACGAUAACACGAAGGAGCAAAAUGGUCCGUCUCGUGUUCGCAAAGCAAAAAAGCCAGAAAUACAGAUUUACCGGCCAGGAGCCCUGAGGCAGAAGCGAUCAAACCAAGUGGGCGAUCAAGGAGGGAAAGAGGCUAAUGAGGGUAAGGCACCUGAGAGCAAAUUUGACAGCAAGGAUGAUGCAGUCAGAGUGGAAGCUGGUUCCAGGGCUUCCAGGAAAGGAAGGCAAGGCAAGGGAGGGGAUAACACAGCAGGAAAUGCACCUGAAACCAAGCAGAUUGCUAGCGAGACAGGGAAGUACAGUUCAAGGAAGGGCAGUAUAGAAUAUCCGCAGAACACACACCUCCAUGAUAAAACGAACAAAGGAGAUGCCACCCAUCCGGAUGGCAAACCAGGGCGAGGACAGCUUGGGCGAGAUGGGAAACGAGCUCAGAAGAUUAAUAAAGCACCUGAAGAAAAUACAGGAAGGGUCGAAAUAUUGGAAAAAGACAACAAGGAGCAGAGCCUUAAUCAGGUUAUCACGGAGAGCACCCCAGACCUGAAGGGGAAGCGGCACAGUAGCAACAGGGAUAACAGAGGCCGUAGCGACCAGUCAAGGAAAAAGAGAGACGAAGUUGGUCACCAGAAACUUGAUACCAUAGAUGCAAACUGUGAUGAAAAGAGGCUGCCAAAGAAAGAAACAGGACAGAAUGCAAGGAUGGGGUCAGAGAAGGAAAAGGGCAUGGGGAGUAAUGCUGCCCCUGAAUACCAGAUGAAGCAGAAGGAAGAGAAGUCUCAAGAAAUAGCUUCUAGUCACAGGGAAGAGAAGAAAGUUCCCUCUGGGUCAAAUAUACAGAAUGAAAAAGGCAGGAGAGAUGGUGCAUUGAAAAGCGAAAGAACUAGAGAGAAGGAUGAAUUGUACAUAAACAAGGGAGCAGGUGGAAUGAGAGUGCAGUCGGGAAGAGCACCAGAAAAAAAAUAUGAUUAUCCGAGGCAGAUGGACGCCAAACACAAAGGAACUUUCGUGGAAUACCCAGAAAAUGCCAAUGAAAAGGGGUCUUGGAAAUCAAAAGAACAUGUAAGAUGUGCCUCCAACAAGCAAGGAAGAAAGGAGAAGAAUUUUGAGAAUGCAAGGAAGUCUGGCAGAGGAAGAGACAGGGAAGGGAAUGACGGUUAUGAGAAAGUUUCCCAAAAGUUUCAUGAUAGAUUGCAUGAUGACUUCGAUAUUGAAAGUUUCGUUGGGUAUGAAGACGAUGGCGAUGAUAGCAGUCAAAUAUCGGUUCAGGCUUUGGCUAACAAAGUUGAUGAGUUGGCCUUAAAAAGCACUAAAUCACAAAAAAGAGAUAGGGGAAGAUAUGACAGCACUGGAGAUUGCAAAGAACAUGGCCAGGGUAUUCAUGGAGUUGGAAGUCAAAUGGAAUACCAUUCACCGAGGGGCAUAACAGAUCCAGCAAGUCAGGGGAGAUUUACAGAGAAAGUGGAGACAAAACCAGUCGUAAGCAAGGGACAAGAACAAGUAGAGAAGACUGGAAAAACAAAGAGUUAUUCAAGUGCUAGAGAAAACCGCAAGAAUCGUAUGGGUGGAAAGCCCUCAGCUCAAGGUAGGCAAGUGGCAAGCCAGGGAGGAGACCUCAAGAUAGAAGUCACAGUUAAUAAGAAUAGUCAAGAGAGAACUGCUUACAUCCGACAGGAAAGUGACAAUAAGCGAAAUGAAAGGGGAAACAAGUAUCAUUUGGCUCAGGAACUCAAAGGAGAUGACACGGCCUUUCUGCAUGACUCUGAUUUCACGGCUAAGUCCGGGUGGUAUGGGAAGAGUGUGGGUAGUACCCAUGCUGACAAGUUUGAAAGAGAAGAUGUUGAUCCCAUGAUUUUUGUUGACGUACCUGAGGAUGAUUGGGGAACUGAGGUGGAUAAUGACACAGUGUGGUGUAAUCAGCAAGGAGACGAAUCACCUGCCACAUGGACUGAGAAACCAGAUUGGAAGUCCAAGCGAGAGAGGCAAAGGUCAGAGGGUGAGGAUCUCCAUAGGAGAACUGAGAGCCCCGGACGCAGGGGACUCAUCCAGCUGCCGUCCCAUAAUGCAAACAGUGAUGGACAGGAAAUGGUUUCCUCUUCAUCUCACCAUCUUAGGUCAUCAACACCUGUAGUGCAGAAACAUUUAUACAACCCAAAUAAUCCUAGCAAACCUGUCCCUGUUGUGCCGAGUGCUCGUGACAUGCCCCCGUCCCGUGAAGUGCAACGAGAGGUGGCAAAGGGUGCAGGGGACAGUAUGCAUGGCUCAGUGUCUACUCAUAACAACCAGCUAAGUGAAUAUGUGAUCGAGGGCCAAAGUCCCAAAGUGGACCCAUCACUUCUGUACAACAUCCAGAAAGGGGAAAUGGACAUCAAUUAUUACGUAAGCAGCAAUCAACUUCCCUUUGAAUUUCGACGGAUAAUGGACAUCAGGCAACACCUCCAAUUGUGUUACAAACAGCUAUUAGUGACUGACAUCCGGAUCUGCCAAGAGAAGAACAUUGAGGGAAACCUGUGGAAGACGCUGUAUUACGUAAUAAUUGAGAAACUGAGGGAAUACAUCAGCAGGGAGCCAGGAUUAAAGGAUCGCAGUCUGGCCACGCUAAUGAUGCUUGUUGAAGAGGGCCAUAAAUAUCUACAAGACUUGCUGGAAGCUCUGCAAAGGGAAUACAAUUUCACCUUGGAGGAGCACUUAGAAGAGGGAGGAACCUCAAAUUCGGUGACAAGAGGCAGGGUGCGGCUGGCAUUGAUGUCUGCCCAGAAAAUACUCCUGUCACUAGGCGAUUUAGCACGGUACAGAGAGCAGUACAAUUCAACACCCAAUUAUACAUUGGCAAAGAAAUGGUACCAGAUGGCUCUCCAAGUUCACCCGAGAAAUGGGCGUCCUUUUAACCAGCUGGCCAUCAUAGCUGUUAACCAGAAAAGACCCCUGGAUGUUGUGUAUUACUACGUGCGCUCACUCACUGCCUCCAACCCCUUCAUGUCAGCAAGAGACUCGCUAGUGUCAAUGUUUGACGACAUAAGAAAGAAAUACCAAGCGGUGCAACGUAGCGAGCCAGACCAAGACAUGGGUCGCAGGAACGAUGGAAGGGCCCUGAGUGGGGAGGGCUUACGGCAGGAGAUUUGGAUCAGACCGGACAGUGGAGCAACCAAUCGCCGUACUCUCUCGCAGUCUAACAAUGAUGACAACAGCGGAGCCUUGGACGACCUGAAGAAAUUACCACUCGAGCAGCUCAUGAAGAGAUUCCUCACCAGCUACCUCCACUGCCAUGGCAUGCUCUUCUCUCGCGUUGGGCUUGACGGCUUCCGCGAGUGUUGCAUUGGCAUGCUGCGCGAGUUCUCUGUCCUCCUGCAGUCCUCACCUCCGAGGCUGUCCACUAAUCACCUGUUGCAGAUUCUUGCCAUUAAUAUGUAUGCUGUUAGUAAUACAGAGUUGAAGGUAGACAAUCGUGUUGGCAGUGGGUACAGAUCAGCCGCCCAGGAGCUGGCCUUGGUUCUGGCGCAGGAGAUGUUUGGGUGCCUGGCACAGCAUGUGGUCGAGCUCCUCCCACACAAUGUUCAGCACCAUCCUCAGCAGCAGCAAACCCCCCAGCAGCAGCAGCAGCAGCAGCCAGUUGCUGCUGUUGAUCCUCAGAGGCUGUUUACCCCAACCCUGGCUCACUUCAUGCCUCCUCUCAAGGCCUGGUGUGAUUGGUUGCUGUACCACAGUGCUGUUUGGAAUCCGCCUCCUGCUGCCCGCGAGUACUCCACUACAGGUGUGAACUGUGAUCCCUGGUCCAGUGUGGCCGAAUUAGCGACCAUUCUGCGUGGAUUUGGGCCGCCUGAUGUGCCUCUGACAGAUGCGGCCUCGAUAGAUGCUGUGCCAGUGAAGCUGAUGGAAGACAGUUUCCUUAGGGGUUAUGAACCCUUGUUGCCUGCCCACCGUACUCUGUCCUACUCUCCCUCCCAUAUUCACUCGGGUCGAGCUUGUGACUGGGCGCGUGUAUUGAGACUUCAGACAUGUUUAUGUCAGUUCCUGUGUGGAGUGGACCCGCCGGUCUUGCGGCUACAGAAGACCGACCAGGGGGACGUGCUGGUGUCUGUGGUAGAUACGUCACCUCCAGACACUCCAACAGCAUCAAGGCUCUCUCUAAGCACGUCAGAUGUAGAGAUUGAGGACUCCUUCAGUGAUAGCGAGCCUUCAGACAUUGAAGAAGAUGUUGAGGCAGAGACAGGCUUGGAUGAUGACACACCCCUUGCCUCCACAGUGAAGCUGCUCAGCAUGAGGAAGAAGAUGCUGGAGAAGAAACAGAGACAGCAGCGGAAAUUGCAGACGCUCUUGGAAGGCUCGGUCACCUUGGAGAUGGAAGUUCGACCGAGAUUCCUCGUGCCCGACACCAACUGCUUUAUUGAACAUUUGGACCUGAUAAAGGCUCUUGUUAACAGUACUCCAUACACGGUCAUGGUUCCUCUUGUUGUUCUGAAUGAGCUAGACGGCCUGUCGAGGGAUGCGGCUGUGGCCAAAUAUGGAUCGAUUGGCCACGCUGUCCGGGUGAAGGAGGGAGCAGCAGCGGCCCUUCACUAUCUCAGAGACACUAAGCCCCAUUCCCUAAAGUGUGUGACGUCGCAGGGCUCUGUACUCUCGUCCACGAGCUUCACAGCGGAGAUUGACAUGCCAGAUGCCACGAAUGAUGACAAGAUUCUGUCCUGUUGUGUUCAUUUCUGCAGUGACUCCACCCAGCGUCGGCCUAUUAAAGCUGGAGUGCGACGCCUGUACAGAGAAGUGGUGCUUCUGACAGAGGAUCGCAACCUCAGGGUAAAGGCCCAUGCCCGUGAUGUGCCUGUGCGGGACCUCUUGGACUUUGCUCAGUGGGCAGGGGUGAGGUGAGGCCAAGGAAGUGAAGGUCCUGCGUACGCAUGUAAAAACAUUCUGGUCAUAGGAUACUGCUCAGCCACUGUUCUGGAAUGUUUAGUGGCAACGUGAUGAAGACUGAACAUCCCAUUUUGUGGCAGCCGAGAAAAGAAGGACCUCUACUCCUCCCGCGGGUUUUAUAGCUCCGUCCUCUAACCCUGUCUCUUGCCUGUAGAUCCUCCCUCCCUAGGCAGUGCACGUGUGAAGGGGGUUACGUCUGCUCGCGCCCUCGUUCCCGGCGUCUAAUCUCUUUUGGGUAUAUUUGGCUUAUUUAUUGCUUGAAUUAUUGAUUUGUUAAUUCGUUAUGAAAUAUAUUAUUAUUAUUAUUAUUAUUGUUAUUUUUAUUGUUAUUAUUGUUAUUGUUAUUUCUAUUAUUAUUAUUAUUAUUAUUAUUAUUAUUAUUAUUAUUAUUAUUAUUAUUAUUAUUAUUAUUAUUAUUAUUAUUAUUAUUUUUAUUACUCCCCUUUCUUCUUGGGCGAUUUAUCCUUCCUUUCACUUCUUUUGACUUGCGCUUUCAUUCAUUUAUCUCUUUGUUAUUGAUUAUUGUUUUGUUUGUGGCACGUGCACACGCAGAGUUAUGCCUCACAUUCACUGUUACACUUACACUUAUGCGUAUACUUAUACUUAUACAUAGGAGCUUAUUCUUACAGUUAGGUACUAUAUA